GAUUUGGGCAAAGCAAGUGUGAAACGUAAAGCAAACACCCAUUUAAACACACACAAGCCAAGACAAGAACCAACCCAAUACGCAUCAUCAUCAGAAGAACCCUAAAUUCCAGGAAGAGAGAAGAUAAAUAUCUCAAGCUCAAAGCUUCAAUCAACAGUUAAAGUCCCAAGCUUUCGAUUACGAACACGAUAGAAAUCGUGUGAGAUCUACCUGGUUUCCAAGCCUCGCUAAAGGGUCUCUCUGUAUUCAUCUUUCUAUCUUAAUUCUAAAAAAAAAAAUUUGAAGCUUUGGUUUGGUUCAAGAGACAGCAGAGAGAGAUGUGUAGUUUGUCAGCGAACAUGUUGUUACCGACAAAGCUGAAACCAGCUUAUUCAGACAAACUGGGUAAUAGUACCAACUCACUCCUUGUCGCCAAUACAAGAUCCAAGAGGAAGAACCAAUCCGUUGUUCCCAUGGCAAGAUUGUUUGGACCGGCUAUCUUCGAAUCAUCCAAGUUGAAAGUAUUGUUUCUAGGGGUUGAUGACAAGAAGCUUCCACCAACGCUUCCAAGGACUUACACUCUCACUCACAGUGACAUUACUGCUAAACUAACUUUAGCUAUUUCUCACUCCGUUAACAAUUCUCAGUUGCAAGGAUGGGCAAAUAGGCUAUACAGAGAUGAAGUGGUAGCAGAAUGGAAGAAAGUUAAAGGGGACAUGUCGCUUCACGUCCACUGCCACAUAAGCGGUGGCCAUUUCCUCUUAGAUCUCUUCCCAAAGUUACGAUACUACAUCUUUUCCAAAGAACUACCUGUUGUGUUGAAGGCUAUUGUUCACGGAGACGGCAACUUGUUGAACAACUAUCCCGAUUUACAAGAGUCUCUUGUUUGGGUCUAUUUCCAUUCCAAUGUUGAUGAGUUCAACAGAGUCGAGUGUUGGGGUCCGCUUUGGGAAGCUACUUCGCCUGAUGGUCACAGGACUCAAACUCUUCCUGAGACUCGGUGCAAGGAUGAAUGCAGUUGUUGUUUCCCGCAGGUUAGCUCGAUUCCGUGGUCUCAUAGUCUUAGUAACGAAGGUGUGGCUGGCUACUCUGGGACUCAAACCGAGGGAAUGCCUACUCCUAAUCCGGAGAAACUCUAGUGAUUCAACCGACAUAAUACAAGUCUGGUUUGGUUUGGUGUACGUAAUGUGGUAUAGGAAAGUAACGAUUAUUUGUAUGUUGAAUAGUAUUAAAUUAAGUUAAACAUGUUUAAUUAUUA